AUGAAAAUGUCUUAUCCAGAAAAAUUUCAAGGUAUUGCUGUCACUGAUAAUAACAAUUGGUUAAACCCAAAAAAGAUUAGUUUUGAACCCAAAAAAUUCUUACCCAAUGAUAUCGAUAUUAAAAUUGCUGCAUGUGGUGUUUGUGGUUCUGAUACUCAUACUGCAGCCUCUCGUUGGGGAGCUUGUCCUAAAAAUCAAAUAGUUGGUCAUGAAAUUAUUGGUCAUAUCGUUAAACUAGGACCAAACUGUGAUAAAAGUUGGAAAAUUGGUCAAAGAGUAGGUGUUGGUGCUCAAUCAGGUUCAUGUUUGAACUGUGACCGUUGUGAAACUCAAAAUGAACCAUAUUGUCCACAUACUAUUUUAACUUAUACCAGUAAAUAUGACGAUGGCUAUAUCUCACAAGGUGGUUAUGCAUCUCAUGCUAGAGUGCAUGAACAUUUUGUUAUUCCAAUUCCAGAUGAAUUACCAACUAAUUUUGCCGCUCCAUUGCUAUGUGGUGGGGUUACUGUAUUUUCUCCACUUCUAAGACACGGUUGUGGCCCAGGUAAGAAAGUAGGUAUCAUUGGUAUUGGUGGUAUUGGCCAUAUGGGUAUCAUGAUAGCAAAGGCUAUGGGUGCAGAAGUUUAUGCUUUUUCUAGAGGCGAAAAUAAAAGAUCUGAUGCAAUGAAGCUGGGUGCUGACCAUUAUUUUGCUACAGGGACUGAAGGUUGGGAUAAAGAUUUAUUCAACACUUUAGAUCUGGUUGUUAUUUGUGCUUCAUCUCUCACAGAUAUUAACUUGGAUCAAUAUAUUAAUAUCAUGAAAAUUGGUGGUAUGAUUCAAUCUAUUUCCAUCCCAAAUUUUACAGAAAAACUAGUCUUAUCUCCAUUUAGUCUUGUGGGUGUUAACAUUGGUAACUCACAUAUCGGUUCUCCUCAUGAAAUUAAACUUUUAUUAGAUUUAAUGGCUACAAAUGGCAUCAAACCAUGGAUUGAAACCAUUCAAAUUAAUGAAACCGGUGUUAAUGAAGCUUGGACAAGAAUGGAAAAGGGUGAUGUCAAAUAUAGAUUCGUCUUGACAGAUUUUGAUUCUGAAUUUAAAUAA